UGCUAUUACCUUAUGGAACCAUUGACCAUCAACUUUUCAAUUCAAACCGUGUUCACACGGUGGACUCAACCAUGCGAUGCUUCUGCCGUUUUUUAUGGCUCACCAAUAUUUACCCCUUCUGUAAGAAUUGAUCCGCCCAUCAAUAAAAUAGUGGAACUAGUCAACCAUCAACAACACAUGGACCACUCCCCCAGCGCAGAACACACAGCAAAACCCUGGGGAUUGUUGCAUAGACAAAUUUCAUGCGUCAGGUGGUGGUAAGUAAAGGGACUCAAUGUCAAAAUUGAAUUUUUUUUUUUGGGAUAAAAGAUUAAAAUCAAGGAUUUUGUGAAGAGUUUUAAUGCGGGGUGAGGGGAAAUAGCGGGACCCAAAAUCGUAAUCAAGGGUUUUGUGAGGAAUUUUGAUGCGGAAAGAGGAAAGUAAAGUGACCCAAGAUAAAAAACCCAGGUUUUUAUGAAGAAAUUUGAUUCUGAAAAAUGAUUGAGUACUAAGAAAACAACCAAGUUUUCAUAGAGAUAUUUGAUAUGGAAAGAGAAAAUUAUGGCCGCCAAAUAUCAAAUUCAAGAAUUUCGUGAAGAGAUUUGACGUGGAAAGGGGGAAGUCAGUGAUCCAAGAUCAAAACCGGCCAUUUCAUGAAGAAUUUGAUGUUAGGAGAGGAAAGAACAGAGACCCAAGAUCAAAACCCACCAUUUUAUUAGGAAAGUUUUGAUGCAAAAAGUGAAGGGCUUCUCCUGAAGUCUCAAUCUAUUGUUUUUGAUAUUUGAUUAUUUGCUAGGAAAUGGGCAUGAACAGCUUCUGUGAAUUGGGCCUUCUGUUAGCUUUACUGUGUUCAUUUUGUUGGGUUACAACAGUUGCUCAGUGCAAGACUGGUUGCGAUUUGGCCUUUGGUUCUUACUACAUAACACAGGGCCAGAUCUUCGGCAACAUUUCCGUCCUUUUCGAUGGAAUCUCCUUUGUUGAUAUCCAGCAAUACAAUCCUGAAGCCUCCAGUCAAGACAGCAUUCUGUUUGAUACAAGGCUCAACAUAACCUUCACUUGUGACUGCAACGAUGGGAUUUUAGGGCACACUUUUCGUUAUCCAUUGAAGCGAGGGGAUACAUACAACGGGGUUGCGAGGACUUAUGCCAACCUAACUGAUGUGACUUGGUUGCAGGCUGUGAACUCUUACGCUCCAACUGAGAUCCCUGAUAAUGGCUCCCUCAAUGUCACUGUGAAUUGCUCUUGUGGAGAUGCUGAUAUUUCGAGGGAUUAUGGGCUAUUCUUGACUUACCCUCUCCGCCAGGGCGAGAACCUCUCUGGCCUUGCCUCUGCGUUUAACAUCUCAUCCUCAUUGUUGCAACGGUACAAUCCCAAUGCCAACUACAAUUCAGGCCGGCACCUCGUAUUUAUUCCUUUUAAAGAUUCAAGUGGCAGUUAUCGCCCCUUGCAAUUAAGCAAUGGAGCAGGAAUUCCUGCGGGAGCUGUUGUUGGAAUUGUUGUUGCAGGAAUAGCAGCUAUGUCAAUUUUGGUAAUUUGCUAUUUUAUGGUUUACAAGAGAAAGAAAACAAAGGCGUCGUUACUUUCAUCACCAUUUGAAGAUGCCCCUAUUAAUGACUCACCAUAUCCAGGUUCAUUGAAUGCCUACGAUAAAAGUACUGAAUCGGUUACAGUUGUUGGUGGGGUGCCCCCUGGGCUCACUGGCCUUACUGUGGACAAGUCGUUAGAGUUCUCUUAUGAGGAGCUUGCUUCAGCUACAAAUGGGUUCAGCAUGGCUAAUAAAAUUGGUGAAGGUGGCUUUGGGUCUGUUUAUUAUGCGGAGCUUAGAGGAGAGAGAGCAGCGAUUAAAAAGAUGGAUAUGCAAGCAUCUAGAGAGUUUCUUGCUGAAUUGAAGGUUUUGACCCGUGUUCAUCACUUGAACCUGGUUCGCUUGAUAGGAUUCUGCACUGAGACUUGUCUUUUUCUUGUUUAUGAGUUCAUUGAAAAUGGAAAUAUAAGUCAACAUCUACGGGGAUCAGACGGAAGAGAGCCACUGCCAUGGUCAGCCAGAUUGCAAAUUGCACUAGACUCAGCAAGAGGUCUCGAAUAUAUUCACGAACACACUGUACCUGUAUAUAUCCAUCGAGAUAUCAAAUCAGCCAACAUAUUAAUUGACAAAAACUUUCGUGGGAAGGUUGCUGAUUUUGGAUUAACGAAACUAACUGAAGUUGGAAGUUCCUCACUUCCAACACGCCUUGUGGGCACCUUUGGAUAUAUGCCUCCUGAAUAUGCUCAGUUUGGCGAUGUUUCUCCUAAGGUGGAUGUCUAUGCCUUUGGAGUUGUUCUAUAUGAACUUAUUUCAGCCAAGGAAGCAGUUGUAAAGACAGGUGGUUCUGUUACUGAAUCGAAAGGACUUGUUGCCCUGUUUGAGAGCAUUUUGAAUGAACCUGAUGCAAGGGAGAAACUCUACGAACUUGUAGACCCGAGACUUGGGGAUAAUUACCCUCUUGAUCCAGUUUAUAAGAUGGCCCAGCUUGCAAAGGCUUGCACACAAGAGAACCCCCAGCUCAGACCGAGUAUGAGGUCAAUAGUGGUUGCUUUGAUGACACUCUCAUCAUCAACUGAGGACUGGGAUGUUGGCUCCUUAUAUGAAAAUCAGGCCUUGGUGAAUCUCAUGUCAGGCAGAUAGGAUGUGAUCUUAUUUUCUAACAUGGUGAUGAGGAAGCUUUUGAUCUGACUGUAAAUGCUUGUAACAAAAAGAGAUGAGUGUUGUUGGUUACGAGUCCAGCAUGGUUGGAGCUCACUUGUUGUAUGAGCAGUGAAAAUAUCAUGUAACUAGAUAGUGGCCAGAAAAGCAUGCAUCUGGCAUGCUAGCGGUGUGCUUGAAGCGGUUGUACAAGAUAUUAUUUUAGUGCUGUGAAAAGUACUGCUUCCGUUGUCAUAUAUAGAUGCAGGGCAAGCUUGAGUAAUCAUUAUACUUCCUGAGCAAAUAAUAUAAACAAUAACAGAUGCAUCUGGCAUGAU